UACGAGGAGACGAGGUGCCCGGAAGUAAAGGAAGGAAAGGACGGAGGACCGAGCGAGGGAGUGCAGCUGAGCAUGAGCUCGGUGGCGCUGUCGGCCGUUCUCGACAAGCAUAUUCGCCGCCUGUGCCUUGACCAGUUUCCUUGUGGGAAAGGCAGCUGGAGAAAGGACGGCGGCGGCAGCGAGGCGGAACCGGUGACGGAGAACACGGACACGCUGCUGGAUCUGCUGAGUUGCCCGCACUCGCCGUGGCACCACGACGAGCCGUGGAGCCCGCAGGCCGCCGCCCUCCAGCGCGUGGCCGUGGUGCAGCCCGAACGACUCGACGCCGACUUCGUGUGCAGCUACUUCAGGAAGCUGCGCAUCGUUGACAAAGACGUGUCUGUGAUCGACAGCUACCUGCUGAAGUUCUGCAACCUGCAGGAACUUGUGCUCAGCGCCAAUCGCAUCUGCGAGAUCUCAGCCGAAAACCUCCCCAGGACGCUAAAGGUUUUGGAGCUACGUGCCAAUCAACUGCGCGCCCUGGGCCGGCUGGCCAUCUCUCCGCCCCCUCGCCUGCAGUACCUCGGGCUGGCUGCCAACCGCCUGGGAUCCCAUCGAGACGUCACCCAGCUCACAGGAAGCCAGUGGCCUGAGCUGGUGUGUCUGGACCUGAGCGAAUGCGACUUCAGAGAGCAGCGCCCCCUGCUGAAGGCGCUGGGCACACUGCCAUGUCUGCGGACGCUGGUGCUGGAGGGCAACCCGUUCACGCUGGCGCCAUCGUACCCGGGGUUCGCCGUGGACGCCCUGCCCCGCCUCUCCUACCUGGACGCGGCCUGGAUCGCGCCCGAGGAGCGACACCGCUACCGGGGGAUGGCCAACAUGAGCCACCUUCUGGUGGACUGGGCGUCGGCCACGGUGUGCGUGGGCGUGAUGCAGGGGGUCCCGGACCCGCAGCUGGAUGCGGACCCCGAUGCUCCGGAGUUCCCAGUGGUCAGCUAUAGCUACGUGAUCUCGUUCAUGUUCUUCAGUCACCAGAGCACCGCCUACCGGGAAGUGGUGAUUGGCGCUGCGGCAAAGCGUCAGAGUCAGGGGCAGGGCCAGGAUCAGGGUCAGGACCAGGGAGCUGAACCAAACCAGUCGCCCAACAAGAGGACUGUCAAAGAGACUGUGGUAGUCCAAGCGGCAGCCGGCAGCAAGGAACAAGCUGCCUUCUCCUCUGUCACAGAGUCGAGAUACAGCACGUCCUCUCAGCCGUGGGCGGACAGCGUCGACUUUGGCGAUACGGUGACCUUCGUCGUGCGAGACCUGAGCGGCUUCCAGAAAUUCCUCCAUCAAGGAUUUAGCAUUUUUAUCGAGCAGGAAAAGAUCCUGUCGUGGCCUUUUUUCAGAAACAUGGAGUCUCAAAUCCACCAGAAUGUCAUCAAUUUCGGAGCCGGGCCCGCUAAACUCCCCCCACCGGUUCUGCUUCAAGCCCAGCACGAGCUCAUCAACUACAGUGGCUUUGGGAUCAGCGUUCUGGAAAUGAGCCACCGAUCGCCAGAAUUCACUCAGAUCAUAAACAAGGCAGAGUGUCUCCUACGAGAGUUGCUAAACAUCCCCGACAACUACAAGGUGAUGUUCCUGCAGGGCGGCGCGUCGGGCCAGUUCAGCGGCAUCGCCCUCAAUCUGAUGGGCCUGAAGGAGGACAACUGCGCAGACUACAUCGUGACGGGCACAUGGUCGGCGAAGGCUGCCAAAGAGGCUGAGAAAUACGGCAAAGUCAACAUAGUUCACCCGAAGCUGGACAGUUACACGAAAAUCCCCGAGCCGAGCACCUGGAACCUCAACCCGGCCGCCUCCUACGUGUACUACUGCUGCAACGAGACCGUGCACGGCGUGGAGUACAACUUCAUGCCCGAGACCAACGGGGUGACCCUCGUCAGCGACAUGUCCUCCAACUUCCUGUCGAGGCCCGUCGACGUUUCCAAGUUUGGUCUGAUUUACGCCGGCGCUCAGAAGAACGUGGGCUGCGCCGGGGUGACCGUGGUCAUCGUGCGCGAGGACUUGAUAGGCCACGCCCAGAAAGAGUGUCCCAUCAUCCUGGACUACAAAGUGCAGGCCGAGAUGAAGUCGAUGUACAACACACCGCCCUGUUUCAGCAUCUACAUCAUGUGCCUGGUUCUGGAGUGGAUCAAGAAAAGCGGCGGCGCAGCCGGCAUGGAGGCGCUCAACAAGCGCAAGUCGGACUUGAUUUAUGACGUCAUCGAGUCUUCCAACGGCUUCUAUGUGUCUCCGGUAGACAAGGCCUGUCGUAGCCGCAUGAAUAUACCUUUCCGCGUGGGGAAGAAAGAGGGUGACGAUGCCUUGGAAAAGGAGUUUCUCAAUGGGGCCUCCAAACGUGGAAUGAUCUCACUCAAGGGACACAGAUCGGUCGGGGGUAUCCGUGCCUCUCUGUAUAACGCUGUAACCCUCCAGGACACCAAAGCUCUGGCCAAUUACAUGAAGGAAUUCCUAAAAGAACACCAGUGAGCCGGGCUCGGAUAACUUUCCGCUUUAAAAAAAAAAAAAAAUCUCACAUUCAAAUUGUGGUUAGUGACCAAAGGUGGCUGUGAUGACAUUGAGUGUUUGAUGCUAACCAGUUCUACAGGUUCGUACGGGUCAAUUAAGUUCAUUAAAAAAAAAAAUAGUAAAAUUAUGUUCUUAAUUGUCCAUAAUUUUCAGAGAAAUCUAAAAUCAAUAAAAAUGCAUUAAAAUUAA